ACUCAUCACCAAGAGGCAAGAGAAGCCCAAAGAACAAUCCAGAGAAGCAGAUUGCUCCCCAGAGCUGCAGGCAGUGCUUUUCUACCAAGAUGCUCUCCUCAAACGCAAGGACCAGGCAGCUAAAUGGCACUUGUGCCAGCUCGGUGAACAUGGAGCUCUUCCUCCAUUACUCCCUCAUCCCAUCACUUUUCAUCAUUUUGGUCUUGUCCCUUCUCCAAAGACGAGAGCACCAUAGACAGAGAGAUGGCGCCUCUUACCUCCUGGGGAACUGCUUCAGAAUGAUCAUACCUCUGGACUUCGUGGGCACUUUUCGUAACCGAUGGUCCUAUGGAGUAGCCUUUGGGGCUACAGCCAAUAAGGUCAUGUUCUUAUUCUCAGAAGGCUACCAGCCCCUGCAAGUCCCACAAUGGGCCCAAGCCUUUGUGCUUCUGAUCGGAGGCGUCGAAGUCGGCCUGUCCCACUUCCCCUUCUUUGCUUGCCUCUCGUCGGAGUUCCGGCUGGUCAGCUCGAUCCUGGGCUUCAGCUACUCUCUGAUCUGGUUUGCUGUCACCAUCCUUCACAUCACUGAGUGUCCCUAUGGGCAGUUUCUGGGGAAGUAUGAGACUGUCAUGUUCUACUGGCCCUCACUGCUCUGCCUGGCCUUCCUUCUGGGCCGCUUCCUGUACAUGUUUGCAAAGUCUCUGAGGGUCCACCUUGGCUGGGAGCUCCAGAUGGAAGAAAAGCCUUUCCUGGAAGUUCACCAGGCAGAGCAUGUCAAACAGCUCCUGAGGAAGUGCCCCCUGCAAGAGAGAGAAAAGUCUUGGUUCCAAACCAGGAUAUAUGAGUGGGACCCCUACUUUCAGUUCCCAAGCAGGAUGAUUGGAACCACUGUCUUGGCCUUCAUCUGCCUGUACCUUUUCAUUGUCAUUGAGUUCUGCAUGUUCGUGUAUGUGAGAGAUGAGCUGGAUGUGUUUGAAGGAGAAUUGGAGAGCUUCGUCGCCUCCAUGAACAAGACGGGUACCCUGAGCCCAGUCCUCCUGCAGGUGAAAGAGCUGAUUAACGUCACCAAAGGAGUCUGGGUGGUGACCAUCUUGCCUGCCUCCCUCACGUGUGUGAGCUACCUGUUUCACAUCUUGGCUUGUUACAGAAAGCAAAUGAAGAGGCUGUGGGCAGGAGAGAAACACUUUCUCCCUUUGAAGUUCCAUAAUCCUUCCUCGUCAGAGAGUGUGGUGGCCAUUGCAAGGUACUCUGGCUGGCAGAUAGCUUAUAUUCUGUGGGGCUACCUCAUCAUCCACGUGAUGCAGACCCUGUGUGGCCUAGUGAUCAUGUACAGCCUGGUGCUACCUGUCAUCCACAAUCAGGCCCUGGAGAUGCUCCGAGGACUGGGCAUCGGGAUCCUCACCAUAUCCAUCGUCCUGGGCCUCAUGGUCCUGCAGGUAUGGAUCGCCGCCAGCCUCUUCCUGCAACCAAAGAUGGGAACAGCUGACAAGCAGAAGCCCUUGGCUCUCAACAACAGGAGAGCAUUCCACAACUUCAACUACUUUCUGUUCUUCUACAACGUGCUGCUGGGCCUGGGCGCCUGCCUCUCCAGGCUUCUUAUCAGCUGCAUCUUGGGCACGUGGCUGAUGGGCCGCAUCGACAGGACCAUUCUGCAGAGUGGCUUUGAGAGAGCAGACAUGGGGUUCAGUGCGUGGAUUGGCAUGCUCUAUGUGGAUCAUUAUCACACCAACCCCGUGCUCGUCAGCUUUUGUCACAUCCUGAUCACAGGCCACAGAGAGAGGAGGCUGCAGCAGGCCAUCAAAUACUGGUACCUAAAUCAGUCAGCGGGUCCCCGCACCUCAGUGAGGUCCAGGACAAGGUGGCUCCUGCUGCAGACCCUGAUCAACAACCCCGGACUGGUCACGCUCAGAAAAUCAAGGCCUGGUCAUGGCUCCCGGGACUUUACCCAGAUUCUGUUGACGUGCUCGGAGAGCUGACGUUGACCUCCCACAUUGCCACAAGGCCGUUCCAGGACAUCUGCCCCUGAGAAGGCCCAGGCUACCCAGCAGCUGUCCCCUGCAGUGUGAUGGGAUGCACAGGCGCUGUCCACACAGAUGGCACACAGGCCAGCAAUUCAUGGGAUGGCACUUGGGCUGAACAAUGAAGUCUCAGGUCUAAUUCAUUCCCUUGGUAAAAAGAUCAAGAACUAAAGAGAAUUUCUGUUGAACAAACUUUGCCCAAUAAUGAUUUCCACUAUCCAUAGUUAGGAGGCAGCCUUGGGGAGAUCCAUGUUGAGACACACUUAGUUUAGCCACAGGGCAGAACUUUGUGUCCCUGAAAAAGGUGGUAAAAUUUUUUAUAUCAGGAGA